GAUAAAAAGGAAGUCAAGGUUCGAUUAUUUCAUACAGAUCAACUUAUUACAACUUAUGCCUUACACGUGUUAGUAAUUGUCGGUUUUUAAAAAAUGGUGAGUGGUAAAAACGACUUGUACAGGAUUGGUGCAGAAGCAUCUAAAUUAAACUUUACAGGGUUUUGGGAUUGGUUUGUACACGUCGAAGACUUAAGUUUCCAUUGGAAAACUCAACCUACAUAUGUCUUAUCACAAACUACAUUUAUUGUUGGUGGAAUAUUUACCUUUAUUCAUGCGUUAAAGCACGGUGGUAGAUUACCGUAUUUGUGGUUUGGUAUUAUUUUACAUGGGCUUAUAGUUGAAGCAUUAUCUUAUUUUUUACCGGACGUUGAUAACUUUUGGCAUUCUCAGACCCCUAUAAUUUUACUGGGAAGGCGUUUACCUCUUCACAUUUUACUUCUUUAUCCAGUGUUUUUGUACAAUGCGUCUAUUGCUGUUGCAAAAAUGCGGUUACCUAAAUGGUCAGAACCCUUUGCAGUCGGUUUAGGAGUUGUACUGAUAGAUAUUCCGUAUGAUAUUGUGUCUGUACAUUUUUUGCAUUGGACAUGGCAUGAUACUGAUCCAAAUAUAGCAGAUAGGCACUACUGGGUACCUUGGAAUUCUUAUUAUUUUCACGCAACAUUCGCCGCAAGUUUCAUCUUUUGGUUCCACUUUACAAGAAAAUUAAUUUGUAAAACUAAAGAAAAAUGGCAACCUGAUACCUUUCCUAGAGAAUUUGCAUGUACCAUUCUAACAGGCCUUUUGGGGGUGCCAGGAGGUGUUUUAAUGUUUCUACCUAUAUAUCAUCCUCUACACGAUAAUUACAGAGUACAUUCGGAAGUAACUUUUUUUAUACUUUUCGCAAUUUUUUUGCUUCUAAUAUGGCUUGGAAUGCGUAAUACAAAUCAAAAAGAAUUUCAAAAACAGGUCGAAUUAGAUUGGUCAACUGGUUUACUACUAGUACAUUUGCUAAUACACUAUAGUCUUUUUCUAGCAAUGACCAUCUUUUUCAAACCGGAAGAUGAAGUUGCGAUUGGGUUAAAAGAACCAAUUGGGUCCUGUGAUGAGUAUGUGGAUGUUUAUACUACUUUCGGGCAGGUAUAAUAUCAAUUUUUUCGCGUUAAUUAAGUAAACCAAUAAGCUAUAACACAUUCAUACAUUUCAUUAUAUACCCCCAAUAAUAUAGUACAAAAUGUGCGAAAAAUAGUAGAAAAGACGCUUAAUCUGAUCGCUAUUUAAAGAAGUUACCAAAUUUCAUACCUUGUAUAAUUGCAGCAUUUUGUUGGUGGAUUACUAGAGCCGCCUAUGAAACACUCAAAAUAGUCGCACAAAAUGUCUAUUGUUAAAACACUUACACUUUCCGGAGAAAACAUUUAAUUAACCGGCCGUUAUUAAAACGUACCAUCUUUAUUCGCGUCCUACAAAUUACUGAAGGCACGUACACUGUUAGAUCGUUUGUGUGUAUGUAUUUGUGUCUGUAACUCUGUAUGAUACCUUCAAGAUAUUCAAGAAAAAAACGUAAGAGAUAAGACCAGACAAAAAACUGUUGACUUAAUACCAUUCUAAUGGCAAUGAAUUCGUUUAGAAUGAACAGUUUAAAGGCAAAGUAGCAGAAAAGAAUGUUUGUUGUUUUAUAAAAAAGGCAUGAGGUUUACUUGAAUAAAUUAAGUAUUAGAUAUACGGGGUGUCUUUUAGAAGCAGCAGUAC